GUCUUAUCAUCAUGCGAAGAAAAAAUUACUCGUCCUUUCCCGCACCACGCCAAGGUAUUUCUUAUAGACGAACUGCCGGCACCCAGCUCCGUACACCCAUCCGUUCCAAUGUGCGCACUGCUCUUGAUCAGAGAUGCAGCGAAGGGGCUCGAAACUCGUCAUAUCUAAGCGGAUCUCGCAGAGAAGAGCUUCCUGCCAGUACACCCGGACCAGAAGCGCUAGGCCGGGAUGACGACUUGCUGUUUGAUGCAUUCGAUUUGGAAUUGCUUGCACAAUCGGAUGACACGGCGAGGACGCGACAGUCUAUCUUCUCAACCGCAGACAGCCAUUUGCACACAGGCGAGGUACCCCAGAAUGGCGCACCAGCUCUGGUCUCUCGAUAUUUUUGUGACACCUCUCAUACCACACCGCAUCAAAGUGUAGCAUCUAGUUCCUCAGACAUUGAAACCAGGACUCCUUCUAGUCCCCUGCUCAGGCUACAGGUUGGGAGAACCCGACCAUACGUGGCACAAGAUAGUGGCUCCAAAAGGCACAGCCAAGAUUAUAAGUUUCGGUCUGAACAAUGUGAAAGAUCACACGUUGCUGCGACUCUAGAACAAAGGACGCCAUUUCAGGACAUACCGGUAUCAAUUCGAGGAAUCGUUCUUGUGUCUGUGCAUGAGCUCCCUGAUAAGUAUCGGUCACUGUUCCAUUUUCCUGCCUUCAACGCGAUUCAGUCCAAAUGCUUCCAGCCUGUUUACAAAAGAGAUGACAACAUUGUACUUGCUGCUCCUACUGGGAGUGGUAAAACAGUUGUUAUGGAGUUGGCAAUAUGUCGUUUACUUAACAAUCUGAAGGAUGAGAGGUUCAAGGUCAUUUAUCAAGCACCCACCAAGUCACUCUGCUCAGAGAGGUUCCGUGACUGGAACAGGAAGUUCCACUCAUUAGGCCUUCAAUGUGCUGAGCUGACCGGUGAUACUGAUUAUACACAGAUGAGGAGCGUUCAGAAUAGCCAGAUAAUUAUAACGACGCCCGAAAAAUGGGAUAGCGUGACACGGAAAUGGAAGGACCACGCACGUUUGAUGCAGCUAGUCAAGCUCUUCUUAAUUGAUGAAGUUCAUAUUCUCAAGGAGUGCCGCGGAGCAACAUUAGAAGCCGUUGUGUCACGCAUGAAAACGAUCGGGUCGAAUGUACGAUUUGUUGCACUAAGCGCUACCAUUCCAAAUUCCGAGGAUAUUGCAACGUGGCUCGGUAAGGAUUCGACAAACCAACAUGUUCCGGCACACAGGGAGCAUUUUGCAGAAGAGUUUCGCCCCGUUAGGCUACAGAGAUUUGUAUACGGUUAUCAGUCCCAGGGAAAUGACUUCGCAUUCGACAAGAUGUGCAGCUCGAAACUUCCUGAUGUGCUUGCAACGCAUUCUUGCAGAAAGCCCACCAUGAUCUUCUGCUGCACGAGGAAUUCAUCUGUGGCUACGGCAAAGGAACUUGCUCGGCUGUGGUCAAUGUCCAACCCUCCAGCUCGGCUAUGGAAAGGACCAAGCACAUCAUUCGAAUUCAAUAAUGUAGACUUGAAGAUUACAAGUGCUGCAGGUGUCGCAUUUCAUCACGCUGGUCUGAAUCCCGGAGACAGACAGACAAUCGAAAAUGGUUUCUUACAAGGCCAAAUUAACAUAAUAUGUUGCACAUCCACGCUUGCAGUUGGUGUGAACCUCCCGUGUCACCUUGUGAUCAUCAAAAACACAGUCGGAUGGCUAGACGGCGGCUGCAAAGAAUAUUCGGAUCUCGAAAUUAUGCAGAUGCUUGGUCGUGCUGGAAGACCUCAGUUUGACAAAGAUGCAAUCGCCGUUAUCUUAACCAGAAAAGAACGCGUCGACUAUUAUGAACGACUCGUCUCAGGCUCUGAAAGCCUUGAAAGCUGCUUACAUUUGAACUUGAUUGAUCAUCUGAACGCUGAAAUUGGGUUAGGCAAUGUCACAAGUGUUGAAUCUGGUAUAAGAUGGCUUGCUGGCACCUUUUUAUUCGUGAGGCUCAGACGGAACCCAACAUAUUAUCAGCUAAGGGAAGGUGCCAAUAGGGAAGGUGCCAAUAGGGAAGAUGAGGACGAGAUGCUUCGCCAAAUUUGUGAGAAAGACAUCAAGCUUCUCCAAGAGAGUAACUUAGUCUCCACUGAACAUCUUAGAUCCACACAAUUUGGUGAUGCAAUGGCGCGCUAUUACGUGCGAUUCGAGACGAUGAAAACCUUCCUCACAUUAAAGCGCCACGCCACUAUGUCUCAAAUCCUCUCCGUGAUUUCCCAAGCAGAGGAGUUUCGUGACGUCCGUCUCAAGGCUGGUGAGAAGUCGCUGUACAAAGAGAUCAACCGCGGAACUGGCAUAAUAUUUCCGAUAAAAGUGGAUAUAGCACUUCCUGCCCAUAAAGCAUCACUACUAAUCCAGUCUGAGCUGGGUGCGGUGGAGUUUCCAGAUGAUGAACAGUUCCAAAAGCACAAGUUUGCGUUCCAGCAAGACAAAGGCUUUGUAUUUUCACACGUUAAUCGGCUUAUUCGAUGCAUCAUAGACUGUCAAAUUGCUCUCGAGGAUUCAGUCGCUGUUAGAAACGCCUUGGAGCUUGCAAGAAGUUUCGGAGCUAAAGUGUGGGAUAGAUCUCCAUUUCAGAUGAAGCAAAUUGAACAAAUUGGUGUUGUCGCGGUUAGAAAAUUAGCAGCCGCUGGAAUAACAAGCAUUGAAGCUCUAGAUUCCGCAGAGCCUCAUCAGAUUGACAUGAUCUUGAGCAAAAAUCCUCCCUUUGGGUUGAAACUUCUAGGGCGUCUUUCGGAGUUUCCGAAGUUACGCGUGUCUGUCAAGAUGAUAAAAAAGGAGGCGAAACACGGUAAUCCAGUGAGAGUUCAUUUUAAAGCCGAGGUCGCAUUCAUGAAUGAAAAAUGCCCAACCACUUUCCAGAGGCGUCCUGUACAUGUCUGUUUCUUAGCGGAGACCUCAAACGGUUUGAUGAUCGAUUUCCGGCGUAUGAGUGCCAGUAAGGUCCACAGUAUCCAGGAGAUACCGUUGCACGUAGAAAUGGGAAGCCCAGAGCAGCACAUUACGUGCUAUUCUAUGUGUGAUGACAUUGGUAUGCGUUUGGUUCCCAACAGGAUUAACUAGUCUGUGUUGCUGACUUCUUACAGCCGGGACCUUGAGAUCAGCAGAAUUGCGACUUGCCCUCCCAGCUUCGCUAUUUCCCUUUUGUUCAAGUAAGGACUCAGACGAGACGAGCCAGAAGCACACGAUGAAUAUGUCACGCCCACGUAGCAACACUUCUUUGCGCAUCAAACCCAAUAAAGAAUGCAAUCCAGAUAGUUUCGGCAGUGAUGACUCGCUUUUCGAUGACUUUUUGGAAGCUGGUGCGAUCCCUCAUCCUUUUCCCUUCGUGUAGUGACUUAGUAAGAAUUAUUAUGAGCAGGCAAAGCCACAGAUUGGACAAC